AUGGGCGAAGAAGAGACGUUUGCUAUCUGCGAUCCGCAAUCAGCAUCCUCCUGCAUUGAAGCAAUGGAGAACAUCGAACGAUACAUCACAGCUGAGGGUCCCUUUGAUGGUAUCAUGGGGUUCAGUCAGGGCACCAGUAUUGCCCUUGGCUGGUUGAUCCAGAGACGGCGAGAGGCCUCAGGCAAAGAACCACAGCCAUUGCCAUUCAAGGUCGGAGUGUUUUUCUCGAAUCCCUGGGGCGUGUACGAUGGCGCGGCGCUUGCAGAUGGCCGACUUGAAUAUUUGGAUCGAUCGGCUUUUGAAAACCUGUUGGACUUUCCCACCGCGCAUAUCUGGGGUUCGGCAGACCGCGAUCACGAGAUGGCAGAGCUGGUUAGUGCUUCUUGUGUGUCAGAGAAGCGGUCCACCUUUGUUCACUCUCGAGGGCAUGAGAUCCCGGCAGAUACCCAUACGGUAAUUGCCAUGGCUAAGGCGAUCAAUCGGGCAAUGGUGCGGGCUGGAUUGGAAUCAUUAUAG